UCCCGCCCGCCCGUCCGCAGUCCGCCCGGGGCCGGCGCGCAGCCUCCCGUAGCAGAGGGGCUGCGGGCGCUCUCCCCGCGGCGGCGGUGCCGCCAUGGAGGGGCGUCCAGCGCCCGAGGCGCCGUAGAGCCGCUGCCCCCGGCCGCCCUGCCCUGCCCUGCCCGGCGAUGGGAGCCGGCUCGGCCGGGGCAGCUGCGGGCGGGACGCCGCCCCCCGCCGGGCGGACGCUGCCGGCGGCGAGGAGAGGCGAGCGCGGGCUGCGAAGGGCGCCGCGGGAGGCAGAUGCGUUACUGUUCCUGUAGAGACUUUCUCGCUUCACCUCAGGCCUAUGUGACUCUGGUGGAAGGAUCAUGACCGAAGUCCUGUUCUCUGCUGCUUUGAAUGGAACUGAACCCAACCUGUUAUCCAGCAGCGGCUGGUCUGUGGGAAACGCCACCACCAAGUGUUCCCUUACUAAAACUGGCUUCCAGUUCUAUUACCUGCCCACUGUCUAUAUUCUGGUCUUCAUCACUGGGUUUUUGGGCAACAGCGUGGCCAUCUGGAUGUUUGUCUUCCAUAUGAGGCCUUGGAGCGGCAUCUCAGUUUACAUGUUCAACUUGGCGCUAGCCGAUUUCUUGUAUGUCUUGACUCUGCCUGCCCUCAUCUUUUACUACUUCAAUAAAACCGACUGGAUCUUCGGAGAUAUCAUGUGCAAGCUGCAGAGGUUCAUCUUCCAUGUGAACCUGUAUGGCAGUAUUUUGUUUCUAACUUGCAUAAGCGUGCACAGGUACACGGGAGUGGUGCACCCCUUGAAGUCGCUGGGGAGGCUGAAGAAGAAGAACGCGGUGUACAUCAGCACCCUGGUCUGGGUCAUCGUGGUGGCCGUGAUUUCUCCAAUACUGUUCUACUCGGGAACGGGGAUAAGGAGAAACAAAACCACGACGUGCUACGACACAACAGCCGAUGAUUACCUGAGAAGUUACUUCAUUUACAGCAUGUGCACCACAGUGCUUAUGUUCUGCAUCCCGUUCAUACUGAUUCUUGGUUGCUAUGGGCUAAUUGUGAAAGCUUUGAUUUACAAAGAUUUGGACAAUUCUCCUCUCAGGAGAAAGUCAAUUUACCUGGUUAUUAUUGUGUUGACGGUCUUUGCUGUGUCUUACCUUCCCUUCCACGUGAUGAAGACCUUAAAUCUAAGAGCCAGGGUGGAUUUUCAGACUCCACAAAUGUGUGCCUUCAACGAUAAGGUUUAUGCCACGUACCAAGUGACGAGGGGUCUGGCCAGCCUCAACAGCUGCGUCGACCCUAUCCUUUACUUUCUGGCAGGUGAUACCUUUCGAAGGCGGCUUUCCAGGGCGACCAGGAAAUCGUCCAGAAGAAGUGAACACAACGUGCAGUCCAGAAGUGAGGAAAUGACUCUCAAUAUUUUAUCUGAGUAUAAACAGAACGGAGAUACAAGUUUGUGAACGAAUGCAAAAGAUUUGAGAACAGUUUGAAAAAAUCCUCCGCUUUGAGACAGUAGGACACUGUAGUGCUACAAGUGUGUGAGAAAAGCUACCAGUCUCUCAAAUUCAUUUUAGAUAAAGCGUCGUUUUCAGAUGUUAGAAAAAGCUUAACAAAGUAAGUGGAAGAAUUUUAAUGGAAAAUAACGUGUCAAAAUCCAGCUUUCCUUCUCCUUUCAAUAUUCUCAUUUCUUUCUGACUUGUGUCAGAUAAAGUAAAAUGAAGUAAAUCCCCUAAAGGAAGAAAGCAAUCCGAGUGCUUCUCUUUUAAUGACUUAGUCUCCCACAUUCAAAAAUGUUCUCAGUCAGCCUCCCUUUAAAAAUAGGAAAUAAAAAUAAGGGCGGGCAGCAUCUUCUGAGGCUCAGUCCACAUACCUAGCCUUUCACUCACUUGCCGCUGUAAACAAGUAUUUAAGUGAAAGUCACGAUGCAGUUCUCACCUUUACAGUUUUGUUAUUUCUUCAUCUACUUCUAGUGUUGAUAAUUACUUGAUAGUUCAGUAGCAUUUAUGAUUCAGUCUUCUUUGAGUGCCGGUGUUUUACAAAAGGUAGGCUUACUGAUGUGUGCAUGAUUAUGCUUUCAGAUUACGAUGGUUGUUCAUGAAAAAUCUGGACCCCCCCCUUAAAGGCAAAUUGGCUUCCAGGUGAACUGACACCUCAGCCACGGGCAGACGAGCAGGUCUCUCUAGGAGCCGGUGUGAGCAGGCGCCUGCUUUGCACGCGCACGUAGCGGUGCCUUUCGCGAACAGAUGUCAGUGUGCAAACGCGUGUGGAGGCAAUUUGGUUCUGAGCAGCCGAUGGUCCGAUCCUGCCUUCCGUGCUGAGGAAGACCGGCGUGUUGUCAGCCGGAGGAACCGCGGGACGGGGCUGAGCACGGGCUGGGCUCGCCUGGGGAGCGCCUGGGGCGAGCCGCCCUUCCCCAAGGCUGACCAACGUCUCGCUGCAGCGCCAGCGCUCGACUGCCGGUGUUGGGAGCCGUGCUGGAGUUCUUUACGGGUAAAACAUGAGAAAUGCGUAUGCUGAAAAUAACUGUACCUUUUAGACAAGUAAAACUACGGUUGCUCGAGUUACCCACGUUUUCAUUUGGUACAAGAGUAUUUCUGUUCCUGGCAAUCUUUAGAGAUAACACAAGAGUUGUUUCCUUAGAAAAUAAUUAUUAAAAUGAAUAAUAUAAAUGGAUUCUAUAUUGUAUAUCUAUUAAAAAAAUGGGGGAAUUAAAUUUUUUUGCACUGUGACAAAUAAAUUACUGUAUUAACAAGAUGUUGCAAUAUACUACAGACUAAAUCUGGCCCUUUAUUAUAUAUCUUCUCCAAAUGUGGAAUAGGUCAUCCAAAAUUAGUCUAACUGCAGUAUUGUGCAACACAAGAGGUAGUGAUCAGAGCGCAGACGAAAUCUUACAUGGGCAGUCGUACUCGUUUCUCAUAUUUUUAAGAAAUGUAUUUGAAAAUAUUGUGUGCUAAAAAUGGUAGGAAAGCAUGCUCUAAAUUAUAAAUUUAGUGUACAAAAUUAAGUUCUGUGUAAUCCUAAGGGUGACUUUAGCAGAUCUUUGUUCCUCCAGUCUUCAUAGUAAGAGUAAAAUAUUUUACUUACUAAUUUCCAGUGAUUGGUAACAAACAAGAAUAGCUCUAGUUUAUUAUUUUUUUUGGCAACAUUGUAAAGCAGCUUCUGUUCACACGUACAGCUUCUUAAUCUGCAAAAUCCCUAUUUAUUGAACUUAUUUAUUAGAAAGCUAAAUGUAAAGUAUGUAAAGUGUGGUUCUCCGUGUUCAUACUCAGAAUUGGGCAUUAAUGGAAAAUUUAACAGCAUGUUUCAAUCACUGUAAUACUGUGUCUUCUAACAGAACAUCUUUAUAAUAAACUCAAUUCCACCCUGAGUAUUCACUGUUGAUAUGAAACCUAGUGAUAAAUUAAGCUGCUGAUUUAUAGCCUAGAGAUAAAUUAAACUGCUGCUUAGGAAGCAGAGCUUCUCAAAGCAAUGUUAAGAUCUCAUUUAGCCCUAUAAGAUGAAAAAUGUAGAGGUAGCGAAGAAAUCCCAACCAAGGGUCAAUUGCUAAGUAAUCCCUACUGACAAAAGACUGUGGAACGGCACAGCCUAUUUAUAUCACCAGAGAAUGAGCCUGGUUCACAAUAAAUGACUUCUGCUAUUAUGUGAUUAUUUGAGACUUCAUUCAGCUGAGGCAUGUCUUGUUUGGAAUGGCAGAUGAAUUAAAUGGAGAGAUAGCAUAAAAAUAGGAUAUUCUCUGAAUCUGCUUCUCUAGGUUUAAAAUCGUAUUUGUUUCCCAGCAUUUCGUGGUCUAUUUCUCCCUUUCAGUUAGGAAAUAAAAUGUUGCGCUAAUCCACGUCUGAAAAAAGAUCCUAAGCAGACACAGCAGAAUGUAAAACCCUACACCCAGGUUGGUCCUUAUGUAGUUGCUUGGCGUCUUUUUGCAAUAUGUCUCUCUAAUAUGGCAAAGUUGGCUGACUCUGACGGUGCGUGCGAAAUCCAAGGGCAACAGAAUUCUGCGGGCCCAGCUAGAGCCGGCUGAGCGUGCGGGAGGAGAGAGCCUGGCCCGGAGGGACGCCCAGCCGGAGAUGUGCCCUCUGGAGCUCGGGUGGCCGCUCUGCCGGUGCUGCCCCGCGGUCUUCUGGGUCUGGAACACCUGCGGCGUCCUGUGCCUUCCUUGGGAGCCGUUGGAAGCUCUCUCCGUUUCAUCUUGCCUCGCUGAAGAGAACUGUGCAGCCGGCCAGAUGAUUCACCCGGUCCGUUACUGAGGUCUCUUCUGGUAGUUUACUUAAUGAAGAUCACUACUGGUGAUCAGCCAUGGUGUCUUCACCUCACAGAAGCGUGCGGGAGCAGAACGCCCAGCGCCGAGACGGAUCAUUAAACACCUUUUGCGUGCAGUUUACUUUCCAUCUUUCAGAUCCUGUGACCUGCGGAGCUAACCCCUCGAACCGCAUCCUGCUCCGACGUGGCUCCCUGCUGCACACACACCGAGAUGUCGCAGCCAGCUCUGAACCCAGCUGGGACUUGAAGCUGAGCCUCGCAAUCUCACGGAAAGUUCCCGCGCUGGUUUUAAGCGUUGCUGUAUUCGACGCGGCGUAGUUGGAACCACAGCAAAAUCUCACCAAAUUGUGUCUCCUCCCACACGAUUGCUUUUUACCUGCCACAGGACAGACUGGUGUCUGUUGGGCCAUCCCGUCAGAGGCAGCCGGUCGGACACGGGGGAUUGGAUGCCACCAGGACAAAACCUGAGCAGAUCUCCAGGCAGCGUGGUGGCUGGAGCCAUUAGCUCCUGGGGAACUUGGCAAGACUGUUCUCAAGCAUUUGCCUUUUGGCACUUACCCCUACUAGAAUCUGUCUGCGGAAGACAGUGAGUCCCCAGCCUUAGGCGAUCCCUGUGUUUAUCCACGAACCUCUGCGAUGGGCCUGCUCGGGGAAGCCUUUCCCUGAGCCACCCGACUGGAGUCUCUCACCUAUCCAACAUGCAAAGAGAAUGCAAUCUCAGCCACAGCCUUUGGGCCGUUAAUUAAUAAGCAACGAUGACGGUGGGUUGUGUUUGCUAGGAAUGAGAUUCAACUCGACGCCUCACUGCAUGAAGACCACCUACAAGUUCCACUUUCCCUCGUGCUGUAUUAGCCUUCAACUAGCAAAUGAGAUUAAACAUUUUGUGAUUUCACGGUCGUGCUUUUAACCUAUUUUUCUUCUGGGUAUAUUUGGGAAUCUUUUAAUAACUACAAAUCAUUCACUGAAGACGCCAAAAGCUUUGAAGUAAAUAGUUAUUUAGAGCUUAAGUUUUGCCAAAGCGUUCUACAGUGAUCCACGCCGAAACAAAUUAUUAUUCAUUAGCUAUAUUUUGCUUCCUCCAGCUCACCGGGUUAAUUUUUUUUCUCAUUUAUGCCCAUUAACUCCCACAUAUGGUAAUCUUUAAUACAAAAUGAAAUCAGUAUGAAACCUGCACAUGAUCCGCUGUCAGGUUGUACAUUUUCGUAACAGAGCACGUAGGAUUUUUUUGUUUUAAUCCAGUCCGUAAGACACCAAGUUAAUGAAAUAAUGAUCGGGCAUAGGGGAACCAGCAGCGUCUUCCCUGCCCCUGCUUUGGGAUUGCCCCGGGCGCCCCGGUGAGCUGCCCCCCACCCCAGCCCCGUACCAGGGGACCGGGGAGCUGCAGGGCCGUGUGUGCGCUGACCCCACGGGUGACUGCCUUCCUCCUAACGCCCCAGCGCGGCCCAAACCCUCAGGGUCGCGCCAGGUUGUCCUGAGCCUGGCGUCCCCCUCUUUCUCCAUGAGGAGGGGCGGGGGGGGGCGCACACAAGGCCCCGGGUGCAGAGUGCCCGGCCGAGCAGCGGGAGCCCCGGGGAGCGGGUGCUGCUGCCCUGGCUGCUCCGGCCGCAGGGCUGAGCCGUCUGGAGCCCGCCGAGCCAAAGGCGCCUGUCCUGCCCACUGCGGUGCCACCGGGAGCCGGGCAGAAGGCAGAAGGCAGCCCGGGCAGGGCUGCUCCCCCCGUGCCCCCUCAGACUGUCCUGCCUGCAGUCAGGGCUGCAGCAGCUGGGCCUGCUGGCCCCGGGGGCUGGGACACCGCAGCUGGCUAAUUGCCUUCCUGGGAUUCUUUUUGUCCCUCGUUACUAGAUUUUUGUCUUCAGAUUGGCUCAGAACAAAAACAUUAAUAAAGUGUGCUACGCCUUACCACAGGUGUUGCUUAUUUCUGUGACAAGCUCCUUAGUUUUCGAGGCCAUAGAGUGCGGUUUGUUACCCGCCGUGGCCAGUCUCCGCCUCUGGUAACACUUCUGAAGGAAGCUAUAGGCCUGACCUUGAACUAGAACAUGAAAAAUGUCCCCGAGCUCCCGAGCAGCCGCGUUCGACAGCUGCCGGGGGACGGCGGAGGCUGCAGGGGAGCUGCUGGCCCUCGUGUGGAAGUUCGCUUGGCCCUACGCUAAAAGCUCUUAACUUUAAAAAAAAAACCACCAACCACCACCCCCAAUAACUAUAGCUGCUUGACUAGGACCCCGCUCCCGUUCGCUGUGCCGUUUCUAACUUCAGGUGCUUUGCGCUGAAUCAGAAUCCACUACAGAACAGUAUUUCUGGAGCCUAACUGUAUUGGCACAGUAAUUUCAAAUACUUUGAAGACAUGAGACUUGUGAAUUAAAACCACUACUUAUUUUGUGGCUAUGAAUUAGAGUGUGCUUCAAGGGUAUACGUGAAAAUGUUUAUUUUUCUAUUGUACUGUGAUUUUAAUAUUGUUGAGUAAGUUCAAUUUUUUGUAAAUACUAGUGAAAUUUGACUGCAAUAUCCUCAGAGACAGUGUUACUUGGUACUUAAGCUCAGGCUAUGUAACUGCUUUAAUUAAAUUGUAGUUAAAAAAAAAUCCCCUUAUUUGUCUAUAAUUUUAACGAAUAAAAAGAUUUUGUUUUUUUAAUAAAGCACGGGGUUGUUUGCAUGUGCAUUUACUGUUAGGCAUGGCUUUUGAAGUCGUAACUAUUUUUAGUGGCAGCAGAAGUGCAGCCACAGAGUUACUGGCACUGUACCUAGCAACCCUACUUUGAAACUGCUCCAAUAAAAUUAUGAAACACUU